AUGGAAAAGCACUCGAAUUCCCCAGUCCCCAUGGUAACUUCCACUGUAUCCGCUGUCGGGACAGCCGUGUCCGUGGCCACCGCGAUGGCUGACUCGACAAUGUCAAAUUCGCCCAUGUCCUCCAGUCAGUCGUUUACCUCCUCUUUUCCUGAUCACGCAUUAGACUCCACUCUUCCCCGUCCGGGUGCUCUGCUAUCCGAGCUCCUAUCCGACUGUGAUCCGCCAGUGGUGAUCAAUGAUUCCCUGUCCACAGUUCCCCCGUCCAUACCCAUUACUACAACCAGUCUUGGAGCUGGAGCUGCUUCACCCUUGUUAAAUCCCACUUCCAUCACCACCUCCACGACAACAACGACGACCGGGACGUCCGGCUGUAGUGUAGGUGCUGCUGGGGUUGUUGGUUGUGUGGACGAUCUCUUGAAUGAUACAGUGCGACAAUCUGUAUUCGCUCGAGCUACUGUCAAGAUGGACGCAAUCUUGCGACUUGUGGCUUGUAGACAAUUCGAAACACUGUGCCUCGGUCGACUUGGUGUUGCGUCAUCAGCAGAUGUCGAGCAAUUGCUGAGGACGGGGUCUUGUAAUUUCGACCGUCGUUUCUAUGCAGCGGGCUUGACCUCAAUUGGGUCAGCUGAUUUGGGACCCAAUUGGGAAUUCGUUCCACCACCCGAUUGCGUUCGGCCCAGACUAGGCGGUCGUGGUGAAAGUGAACAUCACUCGGACUUGAAGGUUGAGAAUUUGGAUCGCACGACCACCGCUGGACCUUUUCUACUUCUCCAUGUGCUCCCAGGUGGCCCUUAA